UAUCCAGUGCAUGACGCUGGAUAUUGUUGGGUUGUCGGAGUUUUGUGUGGUGUGGGUUAAUUAUAUACAUACACUAACACGCCUCAGAUUGCCUCGAAAGUCUGAAUGAUGCCGAUGCUAGAUCUAGGAUCCACCAAGUUUCCCAAAGGCAUAAGGAUAGCUUCGAGUGGCUCUUCAGCGACAAAGUCCCUUUUACCAAGUGGCUCAGAGAUGAUGUGAAUGAAUUCAGCCCGAUAUUUUGGAUCACCGGGAAGCCUGGCUCGGGAAGUCGACGCUGAUGCGGUUCGCCAUGCAAGAUUCCCGGACUCUAAAAUUGCUACCGAAGGGCAGAGGCGAGCCGGUGGCAUACUUCUUCCAUCUUCGUGGCAAGAGCAUGGUCCAGAAGAGCUUAAAGGGCAUGCUUUGCGAACUUCUCUACCAGCUUCUUCUGCAAUUCCCAGCGAUAUACCCUGCGCUCGAACAAUUCCAUCGACAACUCGUCACCAAAACUCGGAAUGUGAGACCUGAUUGGGACAUUGAGAGUCUCAAGGCAGGUCUACUAUCGUUAUCCCAGUUUGCGCCGCCACGGGGUGACAGAAUCAGAUUGGUGAUGUUCAUUGACGCUCUCGACGAGAACCACGAUCAGUCAGAUAACGAAGAGCUGCUCUCCUUCAUCCGCGAGUUGGCAGCUACCGUCCAUGGGACAUCGAAGGUGUUGAAGGUCUGCCUCGCAAGUCGACCCUGGCCAUUAUUCCAAAAGAGACUCGGAGAAGACAGAAACAUUCCAAAGUUUGCAAUCCACAGCUUCACCCAAGAUGACAUUCGGCGUUACGCAAGCUCGAAACUAUCCUUGGCGUUUUCUGAAGGAGAUGUCGAUACAACGUAUGAACGACACCUGGAGAGCUGGACCAGAGCAGUUACCAACAAGGCCCAUGGCGUCUUCAUCUGGGUCCGGAUCGUUGUGGACUUCUUACACCGCAACAUCAUCGACGGGACCCCGUACGACAAGCUCCAACUGUAUCUGGACAGCCUCCCGGACGAGCUGAAGGAUCUCUACGAGCAGACGAUGCGCCGGAUCCCACCAGACUACGCUCUGGAAACACUGGUUGCCUGUCGUAUUCUGCUUGUCAGCCUUUCCCAGAUUACCCUCCGAACCCUACACUGCGCCACGACGGCUUGCAUAAAUGCUUUCUACGAGAAGACCACCCACGACCGCGAGUUAUCAUGGCUACGCAGCCGCACAGGUGGCUUGGUCGAAAUCAUUGAAGGGGAAGUAGGAGACGGCAAUAGUCCUGUUGUCCAGUUCAUCCACCAGACGGCUCAGGAAUUCGUCCAGAACGGAAUGCCGGGCUUGUCCACGUCGAAUAUCAAGCCAUUCUGGCUGAACCUGGACGGCAACUUCCUGGCCUACAGGGCAAUCGCCACAGAACAUCCCCCGUACGAACCACUGCGGGAACUUGCAGGCGAUCUUUUCUCCUACCUCGAAGGGGUCGACGAGCUUCUCGAUCAUGACCCCAGUAGCAGACCAUUGAUGAAAGCCAUAGAAAACAGCUUGGACCACGGGAUAAUGAUGGGACGCUUUGUUGAUAUGGAACGGUCUAGCCCCCUAAGCCUGCUCUAUCGCUCACAAAUCGGAGUGGUUCAUUUCGCUGACAACAUGCUAAUUUACAUCAACCCAGCGAGUCGGGACUCAUUUCGGCAAAGCAUCAGCAAGAUCAGGAAGAUGAAGAUCGACAACUCCCACAGAAUCGCAGCAAGACAAGAGCAAAUUUUGGAGACCGUCCUGUCUCCAGCUGUCGUGUGUGCAGCUUUGAUCGUCCACGACAUAUAUCAUAUACGGAUUCCGAUAACUUGGAACACUCGUGUGUCGCCUUAUCUGCUACUUCUAUCUACACUCGGUGAACGCUUCUCCUCUGGGAAGAGAACGGACCGUCCAAGAAUGUUGCAGAACCUCUUUGACCUCGACUUUUACUUUCAAGACUUGUCGAUAAUCCCCUCGAUGCUGCAAGAAGUCAAUCCUAUGCUUGGCCGACUUCAUGCCAUUGCAGCCAAGAUAAAGGACUACAAUCUGCUGCAGAUUUUAUUUAUCAUUGAAGAUCAUCCUUGGGUUUCCGAAGACGUUCGAUUCAGGCUUGCAAAACUUAUCAUGGAGAGUGGCGCAAUGGAGCGGCCAACACUAGAAUUUGCCAUUAGGUAUAGAGCUGGAGCUGGGGAGGAGUGGGGUACCCUAUCCCUCAUGAGUUUCUGCGCAAGAUUCAAAGACCCGAGAUGGGCUCAGCUAGUUUGGAGUUUGGACAAUCGCUCGACACUUCCCUGGCCAGAUCACAUUGCUCAGACAGCCGCGGUGGGAAGGCAUGCUGAGACGGCAAGGGAUAUAUACACCGAAUCGGAGGAACCGUCGGAUUCCGACAGAGGAGUCGGUUAUGUUAUCGGAGGACUAAUGGGUGGGCUAGUAGGCUGUCCGGAGCUCUGGAAGGUCUGCUUUGAUGGGUGCCUCCUGAGUGGUGGUCUGCUUGAUGGGUACGCCUGGAGUGGGGCGGAUUCAGAUGGACAGAACUAGGAAGAGGCUCUCUCACGUUUCGUUCUGAGUUCGGCCAACGUGCAUGCGGCAUCUGA